AUGUUGGCUUCGUCUUAUGACGGUCCUUGGUUGUGCGGGGGUGAUUUGAAUGAAAUUAUUGUUGCUAGUGCGAAAGAUGGUGCGACGUCUAGGCCCAAUUAUCUCAUGAGGAACUUCAAACAAGCUUUAUCUGAUUGUGAUCUUGUUGAUUUGGGUUUCUCGGGCCCGAAGUUUACUUGGUGUAAUCGGCACAAAGAUAGCACGUUCACUCAGGUACGUCUUGACCGCAUGCUUGGUAAUCUGAAAUGGUUCGAUUUGUUCCCUAGUUUUUCUGUGUCUCAUCUUAGCUUUUGGGGUUCUGAUCAUCGACCUGUUCAUGUCCAAUUUAAUCAUACUAAUGAGGGCAUUAAGGGGCAUGUGUUGCUUAAGUCUCGGUUUCAUUUUGAGACUGUUUGGGAGGAGGAUGAGGAAUGUGGGAAUAUUAUUUCUUCGGCAUGGAAUAGUGGUGUGGGGUAUAACUUUGAGACUUUGGCUACUAAAAUUGCUAAUGUUGCCACUAAUCUUGGUCGUUGGAACACUACUGUGUUUAAAAGGCAUCAUAAUAAUAUUAAGAAAAAGCAAAAACAAUUAAAAAUUUUGGAUGCUUCUCUCUCGGCUGCUAAUUUGAAAGAUUAUGUGUCUCUUGAGAAGGAAUUGGAUGUGCUUCAUUACAAAGAAGAAAAAUAUUGGGCACCCCGCUCUAAGCAGAAUUGGCUCAAGCUGGUGUUCGGGCAAGAUAACCUCGCGGGUGUCUAUCAAGACUAUUUCCAGUCUAUUUUUGAGUCUGGUUCUCCUACUUGUGCUGAUAUGGAUCCUGUUCUUAAUGCUAUUGUUCCCAAGGUCACUUCUCGUAUGAACGAUCAACUGACUAGACCCUAUACUAGCGAGGAUGUGAGGAAGGCUCUUUUCCAAAUGAGUCCUUCUAAAAGUCCUAGCAAGGAUGGUAUGUCUACAGGCUUCUAUCAGAAGUAUUGGGAUACUGUUGGUCCUAAAGUUAGCUCUGUUUGUCUCCAUUUUUUGAAUGAGGGUGGGCAUAUUAAAGGUAUCAAUUCUACUCUUAUCACUCUUAUCCCUAAAAUUGAUGAUCCUAAACAUGCUUCGGAUUUUCGUCCUAUUAGUUUGUGUAAUGUGCUUUACAAGAUUAUUGCAAAAUCUAUGACUAAUCGAUUACGUGAGAUUCUGGGUUCAGUGAUUUCUGAUGAGCAAAGUGCCUUCCUCCCUGGACAUCUUAUUACUGAUAAUGCCAUGAUUGGCUUUGAGUGUGUUAACCAUCUGAAACGGCGUGUUAAAAGUAAAACCGGUGCUUUUGCUCUCAAGCUUGACAUGUCUAAAGCUUAUGAUCGUGUUGAAUGGAGUUUCUUAUGUAGCCUUAUGAGGAAACUGGGCUUUCAUGAGAAAUGGAUCAGUUUAGUUAUGGCUUGUAUUUCUUCGGUUGACUAUGCUUUUAAUCUGAAUGGUGAAAUAUUGGGUAAAAUUAUUCCUGGCAGGGGUCUUCGACAAGGUGAUCCUUUGUCACCCUUUCUAUUUCUGAUCUGUGCUGAAGGUUUGUCUACUCUUGUACAACGUGAUUGUGUGAAUGGCUCACUCUCGGGUCUAUCUUGUGGGCGUACUGGUCCCCAGAUCUCCCAUCUCCUUUUUGCUGAUGAUAGCCUUUUCUUUUUCAAAGCAUCAGUGUAUGCUUGUCACCAUUUUAAGCAGCUUCUGGAUUGGUAUGGUAAGGCUUCUGGUCAACUUGUGAAUUUUUCUAAGUCUGCCAUGUGUUUUAGUUCUCGGAUUUCUUCUAGUGAUGCUGCUGACAUGGCCGCAAUUCUUGGUGUUCCUGUGGUUGUUUGCCAUGAGAAGUACCUUGGUUUACCUUGUUAUGCUGGGCAGAGUAAGAAAGGUCUUUUUCAAUCCCUCAAAGACUCUAUUUGGAAUAAAUUGUUUAGCUGGAAAUCUCGGUCCUUCUCUGCUGCUGGGAAAGAGGUGCUUAUUAAAUCUUUCAUCCAAUCUAUCCCUGCUUAUUCUAUGAACUUGUUUAAGCUGCCUGCUAGUUUCAUUAAAGAAAUUCAUCGGCUCUGUGCUAGAUUCUGGUGGGGUGGGGCUAGGUGGCUUAUCAAAGAUGGAAAUAAUGUCUCUGUGUAUCAUGACCGCUGGAACCCCCGCCUGAAUGGUGAUAGGUCUUGCUCGGAUCAUUUUCUUCCCGAAGAUGCAAUGGUCUCUAGCCUUCUUCUUCCUGAUGGUAAUUGGAACUCUGUUUUGAUCAAUGAGGCUUUUAAUUUGCAAGAGGCGACUGCUAUUCUUUCUAUCCCUCGCAAUCAUCUUCCUGUUACUGAUUGUGUUAUAUGGCAUUUUGAGUCUUCAGGUUCUCAUACCGUCAAAAGUGGAUAUUGGCAGGCCAUUCCUUUGUUGGGGAUGGGCCAGGCUUCAGGUUCUAAUGGAGUUUCGGUGAUAUGGACUAAAAUCUGGCAAUUAAAUAUUCCUGGGAAAGUGAGGCAAUUUUUGUGGAGAGGUGCUAAUAACUGGCUGCCUACCUUUUCUAAUCUUUUCAAUCGAGGUAUUUUUGUUGCUUCCUUAUGCCCUUUUUGCCUGAAGGGUCCUAAGACUGUCAUCCAUGUUUUAUGGAAUUAUGAUAGACUGGGUAACUUUAGCCACACUGUUGGUAAUAUUAUGCAUGUCCCUCCUUACACUGGAAUGGACUUUUAUGAGUUUUUGUUAAAUUGCUUAGUUUCUUUAUCUGUAGCUGACUUUGGAAAACUCAUUGUGUGUUUAUGGCGUAUUUGGUAUCGGCGUAAUAUAUUUGUUAAUGAGAAGACUACUCUUCCUGAUCAGAUGGUUAUUGAAUGGAGCUUGGCAUUUCUAGAUCGUCACUUGAAUGCCAAUGGUGGUUCUAUCCCCGCCAGUGAGUCCUUGAGGGAAACUCCGAAAGUGCAUCGCUGGGAGAAACCAGUGGAGGGUGUUGUCAAAAUUAAUUGUUAUGCUGGUCUUGACCAUGUUGCGAAGAAGGCUGGAGCUGGGGCGGUAUUCCGUGACUUUCAUGGCAUGGUCCUUGCCUCUAGUACGUGGUCAUGGGAUCAUUUAUUGGACCCUACUAUUGCUGAAGCCUUGGCGGUUUAUCACAGUAUCUUGUUGUGCUCAAGACUUGGGUAUCAUACGGUGGUCAUUGAAUCUGAUUGUGCCAAUGUGGUCCGUGCUAUUAACAAUCACAAGAUCGAGCAUUCUUAUCUGGGAUAUGUUAUUAGGGAUAUUCUUGCUUAUUAUUGGAAAGAUGAAAUGUACAAACUGGAGGAGGAUAAUCAUCUACCCAAUAUAAACUCUUCGUCUAGCCAAAAAGCAUGCAAGGAUGCUCUCAGAAAUUUAGACAAAGAAGUUCACAUAAGGUAA